GCCCUAUUUUCUGGAGGCAAUAAAAGGCCAAGAGAAGAGUCGCCUCAUCGCCACACAAAAGACAUUCAGCUCAUUCUUCUCUCUUCGCUCAGCUCCUACAAGAAAGGGCGAAGAAUCUCUCCCUCCUCCUUGACCUUCUCUUCGCCAUCGAUUCCCUUUGAGGUGCAAAAAUGGUUGAACAGACUCAGCAACAACCCUCGAUUCUCCAGAAGGCUUCUUCUGGCCAGCUCAUGCGCUCCGGGGUUUCUCAGGACAUCCAUGGCUACGCAUCUGGUUUCCAGAGGCGUGCGACCUACGGAAACUACUCGAACGCUGCGUUUCAGUACCCUCUCGCGGCCUCUUCCAGGAUUGUGGCGACUACUACUACUUCUCCUGUUUUUGUGCAAGCUCCAAGUGAGAAAGGAUUCUCUAGCUUCGCUAUUGAUUUCUUGAUGGGUGGUGUUUCCGCUGCUGUCUCUAAGACCGCGGCUGCUCCAAUUGAGCGUGUGAAGCUUUUGAUUCAGAACCAGGAUGAGAUGCUUAAGGCUGGUAGGUUAUCUGAGCCUUACAAGGGUAUUGGUGAUUGUUUCGGAAGGACUAUUAAGGAUGAAGGGUUUGGUUCUUUGUGGAGAGGAAACACUGCUAACGUUAUCCGUUACUUCCCCACUCAGGCAUUGAACUUUGCGUUCAAAGAUUACUUCAAGAGGCUUUUCAACUUUAAGAAGGACAGGGAUGGUUACUGGAAGUGGUUUGCUGGUAACUUGGGAUCUGGAGGUGCUGCUGGUGCAUCUUCCCUUCUCUUCGUGUACUCUCUUGACUAUGCACGUACCCGUCUCGCCAACGACUCCAAGGCAGCCAAGAAGGGAGGUGAAAGGCAGUUCAAUGGUCUUGUUGAUGUCUACAAGAAGACUCUCAAGUCCGAUGGUAUCGCUGGACUUUACCGUGGAUUCAACAUCUCCUGUGUUGGUAUCAUUGUCUACCGUGGUCUCUACUUUGGUCUGUAUGACUCUUUGAAGCCUCUCCUCCCCGCUGACCUCCAGGACAGUUUCUUCGCUUCCUUUGCCCUUGGAUGGCUCAUCACCAACGGUGCUGGUCUUGCAUCGUACCCAAUCGACACAGUCCGUAGAAGAAUGAUGAUGACCUCCGGUGAAGCCGUCAAGUACAAGAGCUCCAUGGAUGCAUUCCAACAGAUCCUGAAGAAGGAAGGACCCAAGUCUCUGUUCAAGGGUGCUGGUGCCAACAUCCUCCGUGCUAUUGCAGGUGCUGGUGUGCUCUCUGGAUACGACAAGCUCCAGUUACUUCUUCUCGGAAAGAAGUACGGAUCUGGAUCCGGCUAAGCAAUACUAAUCCACCAAACAGUUAAAAAGCUUCGGCUUUAUUUUUAUUUUUCUCGAUUUAAUUUGCAGUUUUUUCAGACUUUUUUUAAAAAAGGUCAAGAUGUUGAUGAAAUCUUUUGCUAUAAAAACUAGAGAGGAGGCAAGGGGAAUUUUUCUUAUUGAAUAAAUUUUGUAUGGGGAUGGAGUUUGACUUCCUCCUUUGAACCUAUUUUCGAUUGUGACUUUUGUUCUAUUAAGUUUAACCGUUUUUU